AUGGUUAAUCGCUUAUCCCCCCUGCUUGCUAAUAUUAUUUCUCCUGAACAAGGAGCCUUUCUCUCAGGCCGUAGCAUCUUUGAUAACAUUAGCAUGACUCAAGAGAUGAUUCACUCUAUUAAUAAACCUGCUUAUGGUGGGAAUGUUGUCUUGAAGAUUGACAUGGCGAAGGCCUUCGAUAGUGUAGACCGGUCCUUUCUUUUGCAGGUUCUUAAAGCUUUCGGUUUCUUAGAUUUUUUCUGUAUGUUGAUUCGUCAAUGCAUCAUGAAUCCUUGGUUCUCCGUGGUCAUGAACGGAGUCUCCAAAGGUUUCUUCAAAGGUGGUCGUGGGUUGCGUCAAGGUGAUCCCAUCUCUCCCUAUCUCUUCAUUCUUGUGGAAGACAUUUUCUCACGGAUGAUUAAUAAUCAGAUCCAUAUGGGCAAGAUCAUUCCGUUUCACCACCCUCGAGGCUCCCCUAUUAUCUCACAUUUGCAUUAUGCGGAUGACAUGGUUUCGUUUUGUAAUGGGGGCAAGGCUUCUUUGAAAGCUAUUACUGAUGUGUUGAAGAUUUAUGAAAAGUGGUCAGGAUCUCUGCAUCUAGGCGUCGGGCUCUCCUUCGUUUCACUGGUUUUACGGAAGGAAGUUUUCCUUUUAAGUAUCUGGGAGUUCCUAUUAUCACAGGCCAGAUUGUUAUCCAGUGGGGCACGUUUGACUCUCAUUAAACAUGUUCUUCAAAGUAUUCUCGUGCACAGCCUUUCUAUCUUAAGAACUCCUAAAGCAGUGAUUGAGAAAAUUUACAGAAUCAUCAGUACCUUCUUCUGGGGUGUUAAAGAUGGUAAACCUAAGAAAAAAUGGCGCUCUUGGGUGGAUAUUUGUAAGCUUGUCUCGGAAGGCGGUCUGGGUCUUCGUAACCUUCAAGACAGGACGUCUUCUCUUCACAUGAAGUUAGCCUGGAACCUUCUGCAAGGUACUUCUCUUUGGUCCAAGUUUUUUCGUGCUAAAUAUAUUGGUGAUAGACAUAUUUCUAUGGUGGAUCAUAAGAAAGGGUCUCUUUUCUGGAAGAUGAUAUUGAACAGUAUUCCUUUAGAGCAAGCUAAUUCUAAAUGGAAAGUUCGGGAGGGUAAUGUUCUCUUUUGGCAUGAUCAUUGGGCUGAUGAUGCUCCUCUUUGUGAUAAUAUUCUGAUUUCUGAUAUGCCAAAUCUUAAAUUGGAGGAUUCCAAAACUGGGUUGGGUUGGAAUAUGGAUUUGUUUACUCAGUUGGUUGGUCAUCACAAAGCAGAGGAUCUUAUUUUGCAACUGGGUCGGAUUAAAAACGCCCUCUCAAUAAGUUAA